AUGGUGAAGGUCCCGGAGAGCGAACUGAGCGAUAGGGAGCUGGAGGAGUUCCUGUCGGACGACAGCGAUGAAGGAGAUGAGGAACUGCUGAACAAGAAGUAUGCAGAGAAGGAAGCACUGAUCACGCUGGAAACCCAAUUCCCCAAAAUAGUGACCAUACUAGGCAUUCCAAAGGUAGAGGAAGAGAAGCACAGCAGAUUAGCGGAGGUGUUAAAAAAAUUGUUCAUAAGACAUUUGAACGCCAAAAUAAGUGAUUCCUCUCUGCUGAAUAUAAAAAUAUACAUGCCCGUGGACGAUGAGAAGAAGACGAAAGGGAUAUGCUUCGUCACCUUUAAUGACAGUUUCCAGGCAAAUGAAGCAGUGAAAAUUCUGAACAAGCUAAAGCUGGAUGCAAAACACGUGUUAACAGCUUCAAAAAUGGACGACAUAGAAAACAUCAUAAGUAGGGAUGAACACGUUAUGCCAAUUAAUGUGGUUGGAUUUACGAGAGAAAAAAUCAGGUGGUGGUUAUACGAUGAAAGGUGCAGAGAACAAUUCAUCGUUAGGUAUGAUUCCCACUUUGAAGUGCACUGGUUCGAUCCUCUCGAGAAGGAACCACAACUUAUUUACACGACGUAUAAGAAGAGUGCUCCAUUCUCCAGUGUCCAGUGGAGUAACCAAGGGUCCUACUUAGUCAGUUUUCACAACCCAGGUAUAGCCCUUUGGGGGGGAGACAACUUUGAAAAACUCAUUCGACUGCAACAUAAAAGUGUAAAAGAGAUUAGCUUCUCACCCAAUGAAAAUUAUGUCCUCACAUGGGAUGGAACCCCUGCUUCGCUGAGAAAUGAAAAGUCCAUAUGUAUUUGGCGUGUCAUAACGGGAAAGUUACUACGUUCGUUUAUUACGCCAGAAUAUAGCGCCAGGGAUAAGAGCUACCAUUACUUCUUGUGGAGCCCAGACGAUAAGUAUAUUGCUUGUAUGGGAAAACAGAAAGAGGUCUACGUGUAUGAACUGCCAAGUAUGCUUUUGAUGGAAGACCAUGAGAAGAAGAGGACACCCCUUAAAUACACCUUCGUUAAGGAAUUCGAUUGGUCCCCUGUAGAUAAUAUUAUGUCUAUAUGGAUUCCAGGCACGAAGACUACCCCAGGGACACUUAUCCUGGUAGAUAUACCCUCGAGGAAGGAACUCGUUUCUAGAAAAAUUUAUGACGUAGUCCAUGCGUCGAUUCACUGGCAAAGUAAGGGAGAUUACUUGUGUCUAAAAACUACCAUCGAGAAAAAGAUCAGCAAGAAGAGCAAGAAAGAAUUCACCCAGUUGGAAAUCUUCCGAAUCAGAGAAAAGAACAUCCCCGUCGAUAACGUCCAAAUAGAUGGAAUAAAGACGAAGCAGUUCCACUGGGAAGAAUCCAAUAGUAAUAGAUUCGCCUUAAUCGUCAGAGAUGAAGCCACGAGCAGACAACAAAUUAGGUUCUACAAAAUUGAAAACAAAGGAACGGCUAGAAAUACCAAGUGGACCAGCACCUUCGACAUUAACAGCCAGAUGAACUUCAUGCGAUGGUCACCACAGGGAUCCUACUUCAUCCUAGCUUCCCUAGGUUCGGAAGGUCUACUCUACUUCUGCUGUCUCAAUACGAACGAUGAAGUGGAAGUCAUACAUAAGGAUGAACACCUCCUGGCCAAUUCCGUCUCAUGGAGCAACUGUGGAAGGUAUCUAGUCACAUCCGUCUCCAGUAUGUCUAACGCAGCCAGCUCCAGUUACAGAGAAGAAAACAGCGAAACGGGAUUCUUCAUAUGGUCCUUCCAAGGCAGGUGCCUAAUGACCAUUAAGAAGCCCUCCUUCUUUCAGUUCUUCUUUAGACCACACCCCAAGUCCCUCUUCAGUGACAAGCAAAAAAUGGACAUAAAAAAUAACCUAAAGGAUUACUCCAAAAAGUUUGACGUCAUGGAUGAGAAGGUUAGACAAGCCAAACGAAAUCAACUCAUAACAGAUCGAAAAGCUGUAGAAGAGUCAUUUAACGAGAGGAUAGAAAAAGUCACGGAGCUCUUCCACUCCUUUAAGGAGUAUGAGGAAUUCAAGAAGAAUUGGGAGCAAUUCGAGAGCCAAUUCGAGUGGGAGGAGAAGACCGUCGUCAUUGAGCACGUCCUCUCCGUCAAGCAGGAAAUAUUCGCAUAA